CCUUGGAGGCGACCGGCUACGCUCUGCUGGCGCUGGUCAAGCUGGGGCGCUUGGACGAGGCCGCUGCGCCCUUCAAAUGGCUGAACAGCCAGCGGAGGAGGGGGGGCUCUUUCGGCUCCACUCAGUCCACCAUGGUGGUGCUCCAGGCGCUCUCAGAGUAUCUGAUAAACAAGCCUCCUCCUGGUGACCUCAGUCUGGAUGUGGACGUCCGGUUGACGGGACGCAAGGAAAUCCGUUACCAUUUCAACCCCCGGACGGCCUACGCGGCUCGCUCCUCCAGGUUGCCGGCUAAUCUUGAUUUGGAAGUCGAGGCUCGGGGGAACGGAGAGGGGAUUCUGGAGGUUGUGACCUUUUACAACCAGCUGCACGAGGUGGACGAUAGGACGUCCUGCAAGGACUUUGAGCUCCUCGUCACUAUUGAAGAAUCCAGCGAAACGCCUCCAGCUGAUGUGGAGAAAUCCUACCAGAUGAGCAUCAGAGUGAGGGCUUUGGGACCCACAGAUGUGCGGAUGGUGGUCCUGGACAUCAGCCUGCCGACCGGCUUCAGCCCAGAGACCUCCGACCUGGAGAAGCUUUCAAACUCAGUGGACCGUUACAUCAACCACUUCCAGGUUGUCGAUAACCUGAGUGACCGAGGCUCUCUGAUCAUCCACCUGUUCAAGGUGUCUCACAAAGAGCCAGAGGUCCUGAUCUUCAGGCUGCAGCAGCGCUUCAGAGUGGGCCUCCUGCAGCCGUCCUCGGUCACCGUGUACGAGUAUUACAACCCAGAUCACCGCUGCAGUCACACCUACACCCCCAGGGAGGACCGAGAGGAGCUCUCUCAGAUCUGCAGGAACGACGCCUGCCGCUGCGCGCAGGGCGACUGCUGCGUCUCCAGGAGCGACAGUGAGAACGUGCCCCACCAAGAAAGAGAGACGUUUGCCUGCAAGACUUUGCACCACGUUUUCAAGGUGAAGGUGCUGAACGUCAGCCAGAGUUACUACGACAAAUACGAGAUGGAGAUCACACAAGUUAUCAAACUGGGCAUAGAGGCAGGAGUUGAAGUGGGCCAGAGGAGGCUUUUCAUGUCUCAUGGAGGCUGCAGAGACGGACUGGUCCUGAACCAGGGCUCCCAGUACCUCAUCAUGGGGCCCACAGAGGACCAGUGGAACGCUGACGCUGACACCGGCAGGUCCGUCUACGUGUUGGGGAAGGACACCUGGGUGGAGCGCUGGCCGUCGCCCACAGAGUGCUCCAGCACUGACGGCCUGUCAGAUAAAUGCCGGAGCCUGAAGGAUGCGGCGACCGAGCUGUCCGUCAACGGCUGCCGGCUGUAGAGCCGCUUUAGUUCUUUCUCUUUGCAGAAGGAUUCAAUGCAAAUACAGUCAAAGUGUCCAAAAGCCUUUCAGAGACACGUUACGUCCUUGUUACCUGUGAAGGUCAAACCAGCAGCUGCUGAAACAACCAUUCAUCCAUUUAGACGACCAGGAAACAGCUAAAAGAGAAAAUAAAUGAAUAAACACCUCAA